GGCACCAAAGAAUUAGCUUCUAGGCUAUAGCGAGAAAAGGUUACAGCAGUGUACAUACACAUACAUUAAAUCCUCCAUUGGCAGCUCUGAAGCUCACUGUGACGCCAACGUAGAGCUCGAGGCCAACUCCGGCUGCCGGAAUGGCGUCCAUUCCCAGCCAUGGAUUAAGAAACCUUUCCACCACGAAGUGCUCCUUUCAGUUCCACUUUCACAAGUUCCGCAGCUCAACUUCACUUGCUGCCUCUCUUUCAUCCACUAUUUCUCAUGAUGAUUCUCAACGAGUCGAGCAGCACGACCCCCCGAGUUCGGAUGGGUUCAGCACAAAAUCACAGUCGUAUUUUCCCAAACGAGGCCAAACCCUGGAAUUGGUUUGCGAAUCGUUGGCAUUUAAGGGAAAGGGUCUGUGUAAGGUUGCUGAUACUGGGUUUGUUGUCAUGUGUGACCGAGUUCUCCCCGGCGAGCGAUUUGUUGGGCGAGUUACUCGAAGAAAAGGGAACUAUGCUGAGGUGACUAAGCUAGAGACGUUGUCUCCUCAUUGGGACUUGGUUGAUGCCCCUUGUGAGUAUGCUUCUUACUGUGGAGGAUGUAAAACACAAAAUCUAUCUUAUGAGGCUCAGGUUAGAUAUAAGGAACAGCAAUUCACGAGUUGUUGACUCAUGUAGAAAUUUUCUCAGAAAUAUCUUGAAUCCCAUAGUGUCAUGAAGCCUAUCGUACCUUGCAAAAUCCAGUUUCACUACAGGAAUAAGGUUCUUGCCUCCAUACACGAAUGUUGGAGGGAUCCAGUACUGGGUUUGUCUCCUUAUGAUGUGCAUUCUCACAAAGGAUUCUUAAAGCAUCUAAUGCUACGGACUGGAAGGGAUGUAAAGACUGGUUUGCCUGAGCUUAUGGUUAACUUUGUGACCUCAUCCUACAAGCCUCAGCUGCUGAUGCCCCUAGUUGAGAAAAUUUCAGAUAUUCCCGAAGUGGUUAGUGUUGUGAAUAAUAUAAAUUCCUCUGUUGGUAACACUUCUGUUGGAGAAGAGGAACAUGUUUUGUAUGGAAAAUCCACCAUCAGGGAGAAUCUACGAGGUCUAACAUUCCAAAUAUCAGCGAAUUCUUUCUUUCAAACAAACACUCAUCAGGCAGAGGUUUUGUAUAGGCUUAUUGAAGAGUGUGCUGGUCUUAAAGGAGAUGGUUCAGAAAUUGUUCUCGACUUGUUUUGUGGCACUGGUACUAUUGGUCUUACACUUGCUAAAAGGGCUAGACAUGUUUAUGGCUAUGAAGUGGUUCCUCAGGCCAUCAAAGAUGCUUGUUUGAAUGCCAAACUAAACAGUAUUUGUAAUGCUACAUUUGUACAAGGAGAUCUGAAUAAAAUUGACGAAAGUUUUGGCAACAAUUUUCCCAAGCCUGAUAUCAUCAUUUCAGAUCCAAACCGUCCUGGUAUGCACAUGAAGUUGAUUAAAUUUCUUCUUAAAAUCAAGGCACCUCGCAUAGUUUAUGUAUCAUGUAAUCCAGCAACUUGUGCUCGUGAUCUUGAUUAUCUCUGCCAUGGUGUGGUGGAGCAAGGCAUAAAAGGUUGUUACACACUGAAGAGCUUACAGCCAGUAGACAUGUUCCCCCAUACUCCUCAUAUUGAAUGUGUCUGCUUACUGGAACUCACACCUGAUUCCCAGAUGGGAUCAUAAUUUUUACUCAAAUUAAAGCCUUCUCUUUUCAUGUGUUCCCAAUUAAUGAGUGGGAAUUCUAGAAAUAUAUACUUGGUGUUUUCAACCAAAUUUUGUAGCAGAGCAAGUGAGGUCGUUUUAUGAAUUUGCAUUUGCUACAUAAUGUAUAACAACUAUGUCAUUAGCUAAAGCAAUCUAUAUUAUCUUCUUGUAUUCUUUAUAUUAAAAUUGGAAUUACUGAAGACAGUUAAAGCUGGCAUUUUGGAUGUCACUGAUUCAAAGGCUCAAAGCUGUUCCAUAUUUCA